CGGACUAAUUGGGACCAGAGGUUGUCCAGUUAAUCAAAUUGUGCCGAUAAUGGAAUUACAAUUGUGAAACAAUUUUAGAAAAAUAAAUAACCUGGGCUAUACCGUGGACUGUUAGUUAUUCUCCCUGAGCUGAAGAUGAGUUAGUGUAGAACAGCUUGCCUGAAGGCACUAACAUUAUUAUUCCGUGCUGUAUUCUCAGAUUAAUCCCCGCAGCCCUACCCCCAUCACACCUGCAGAAAUGGGAAGUCCCUGGUUUACCUUCACCACCACCCCCCCAGCCCACCACCCCCCCGCAGGGCUCUAAAUGGGUGGUGGGCAAGAGAUAAGGUGUAAGAUUUUUUUUUUUUUUUCUUUUUUGGGGUUUAAGUUGAAAAAUGGCACUAAAAGAAAAUACACACAUUGUUUAUUUGAAAAAAAAAAAAAUUAUACUGAACAGUAUUUGAGUAGGGAUAAAAAUGAUGGAUAGGGAAUAAAUAAAUUAAACGGCAGCAGCUCUGUUGCUAGGCAAUGUAAAAACUGCCUAAAAAUACCUAGAAAAUUAGAUUUAUACAAAGGUUUUUGCAGAAUUUGCUAUUUAACAUAAAGUCAUAAAGAAAAGGUUUACAUCACACUGAUGUCAUAAUGGUUGCUAGGUGUUUUUGAAAGCUCGUGAUUCUAUAGCUCACAUGCAACAGGACUGAUCUGCAUCUAAAACUGAACCCUGAAAUGCGUGCAUUGGGGUGAUCCCUUUCGGUCUGUCAUUGAUGGGAACGAGAUGUCUUUUGAAGAACAGCUUCCCCUGUUAAACAAUUAUAGGGGUUAAGGGAAGAUCGAUAUAGUCUUGUCACUGAAAGGGCAAGGUAAGAUUGUUUCUGCAGGAUUGUGAUCUGAAGGAGCUGUUAAACAGCCAGCUUCUUAGCAGGAAACAUAUUAGCAGUUAUUUGGCUGGAUGGGUUCCCCAGCUGUGUAUGCCUGUAAACGGCAGCUCUACAUGGGCAACGCAACAAUAAUCAUCCACGACUUCACCCCUUCAGGGUUCUGGGUUCUGUUUCUCAUUGGUUAUUUUGCUGUUACCCACGUAGCACAAUGUAUCCCUAUGUCCCUACACUGUGCUAUGAAAUGACAUCAUUACAAUGCAGUGACAUCGUUGCUUUGUAUAACUGGGUGCGUUCGUAAACUCAAUCUGACACUCACUGGGCACUCUGUGAAAUAAUUCCAGAGCGAGGAUUUCUGCUGGAAUUUAGAAAUGGCUCUUUGGGUUAUUAAACGGGGGAUGUUUCGUGCUAAUAUAAUGACAGUCAGGGCACAACAGGUAUGCGUUUUGCUAAAUGCCAAAGAUGUGUAUUUUUAUAUUCUUGCCAGAAUGCUACAAACAUACUUAAAGGAACGAACACUGAAAUGCCAUCUCAGUUCAAAAGUAUAAACUAUAUCCUUAAAAAAAAAAAAAAAAACUGUUCACAGUUCAUUAUUAAGGACAGAAAGCAAAGAGGUAAUUAUCUUGUGAUGUGUUUUUUUUUUUUUUUUUACAGUUUUGUGGGCGUAACACAGGAUAUUCUUGAGAAGGAUCACAGAACUUCCCUGCCAAGCUUUCUGCCAAUGAAACGACUCAUUGAUCGUGAACCUCUCAUGAACAAGAAGCCCAGUGCAUACAGCAGGAAGGCCAGUAUUCCCAGCCAGAGACACAGUGUCCCCACUAGUAAGACUCCUGACCCCAGCAAGAACAGGCGCAGUGUUUGCAGUAGUGUGUCUGGUAUUAUCAGCAGCAAGCCCAGUCCCUCUUUCAUGAAGCUUGUUGCCCUUAUCAGUGACCCUUCUGCUUCUAGGAAAAAAGACCCCCUUGGGAGUAAGCCCUUGAGCCCUGAGACUAUGCUCCCUAGACAGUUCCCUAGUCCAAACUCAGCCGCCUCUUUCAAUGGGACUGAGUCUCCUAGCCCCUAUGCUGUCCCACCUAGUCCUAAUGUGGUCCCUCCAAAUUCACAUUCUCCUAACCCAGAAUCUGUGCCUCCUAUCUCAGAAUUGGUGACUGCAGGCCCCGGGGCUGCCCCCCUUAGCGCUCAGGCUGAGUUGCCAAGCCUCCUAAGCAGUGGACCUGACCCCCACAGGAAUGAGGCUGGCCCUCCUAGUUGUGUGGCUGGCUCCCUGCUGUCCCUGUUUAUUUCCAAUCUGAACCAGGAUUUGCCUCGCUCUGCGCUGUCCUGCAUGCUGAGAGAGGUGCUGUCAGAGCUGGACGUGAGCCUCUCCAGGCAGGACGUCGAGGUGGUGAAACGACAGAAGCGCUUCUUCGCCAUCAUCCACCUGCAGACGGAGCAGGAUUCUCGGACCAUACUGCAGAGCCUAGAGAGCGCGUCACGUAGGGCCAAGCAGGGCCUCCUGAAGGACUUGGCAGCGUCUGGGAAGAGUCUGACUGUCCGGAGACAAGCGACAGAGUCCGAGCGUCCAUCCAUCCCUUGCCUACCCCAGAAGAAACUAGUGCUGGGGGGCGAAGGAGUCAUGGGCACCCAAUCUGACAGUUCCAUCAGCAGGCAGGAAAUUGUGGGGCGCGAGAAGCUGUUCUACGGGGCGCAAGUGGGCAGUGAGUCUCGCAACAUGGAGUUCAAACGCGGAGGAGGGGAGUACCUGAGGAUGGGGUUCCAUCAGCACCUGCGGAAAUAUGCCUGCGCCUUCCUGAACGGGGAGGGGGGCAGCCUGCUGGUGGGAGUGGACGACGACGGAGUGGUGCGUGGGGUGGAGUGUGGUUACCGUGACGAGGACCAGACCAGGCUGCUGGUGGACUCCGCUUUCAAGGGCUUCCGCCCACAAGUGUUCCCUGAGGCCUACUCCCUCAGCUUCCUGCCCGUGCUGAAGGGAGACUCCACCGGCCUCUUCCUGAAGGUGGUUAGGCUCAGUGUGCACCGCCCGGCCCCACAGAGAGAGCCCAUGCUCUACGAGACGGACCAGGGCGAGGUGUACCUGCGACGGGACGGCAGCCUGCAGGGGCCCCUCAAAGGGAGUGACAUACAGGAGUGGUGCCGCCAGGUGAUUAUACAGCCAGAGAAAACAUUCCCACACUCGGGGUCCCCACCUAAAACAGAGAAGUGGAGCGGUGAGGUGGUGAGGCUGCAGAAUCGCCUCAACUGUCUGCUGCAGGAGGAGAGGGCACUGCAAGACGAACUCAAAGAGCAGAAGAGAGUCCUCGCUGAGCUGCAGUGUGGAGAGAAGACUGGAGAGGGGUGGAGCCAGAAACACAGCCAGGGGGAGAAGGGAGAGACGGAGACCAGAGAAGAAGCAUCACACAUGGAACAGCCCACAGUCACAUCGUCAAAGAUCUGCAAGGUCAUGUAGCCUGAGCUGGGGAAACCUAUACGGAUUUCAAAUAGAUGACAUAGAAACUAUACAUUUUAUAUAAAUGAUUCAUAUAUAUUUCUCUUGUAUGCAAAGUGUUUUAUAUGUCCCUGUGUGUUUUUAAUCUAUGGUUACUUAGAAGUCAUACAAAGCUGAGAGUCAUAAAGCAAUUGAAAGCUAAUAUCCACAGUGUAAGUCAAUCGCAGUACAACAGAAACUCUGCAGCAUAUCCCUAGCAAUGGAAGUGACAUUUCUUAAAUAGCAAUCUGCACUUUCAGCCCUGAUGUGAAAUAAAACACAUGUAUGUUUCAACCCAAAGGUAAAGAUUCAUUUUCUGAGAGGACUAUGUCAACAAUUCUAUAAAAUUAGCAACAAGCAACAUAUUGCAGGAAUGACCAGUUAAAGUAGUGUCUUGAGUACAGUGGAUUUGCUAAUCUCCACAGUGGUAGUGCAAAUUGAUCUAUAAACUAGGGGUUCACUACUUGCUAAAUAAUGUAUUUGAGAAUGUCUGGUGCUGUAUACUGCUGUGUAACACUCUGCUGUUUUGUGCACUAAAUUUCAUAACUUUUUAAAAAGAAUUGCAUCUAAAAUGUGAUUUAUAUGGAUUGGAUUGCAAGCUUUGGAAACCGCAUUAUUACUUUCUGUUUCAACUCCAACAGCUGAAUACAUUUAACAUAUUGACAUUGCUAGUUCGCUGCUAGUACACACUUUAACACACAAAAACAGCCCAGGCAGAACCUGCGGGACCGGCCUUUGUCCUCCAGGGGACGGUAGCUCGCUGACAUCCACUCUGGAGUUCCUGGGUGUAGAAGAGGAAGCUGGCUCUGUCGUGGGAUCGAAGGACACCCGCUGAACCUUCAGUUCUCCUGAGCUGUGUGGGGAAUUGCUUUUGUGAGGGGACAAAAAAAGAUUGGACGUUCUAAAUUGGGGAGAAAGUCAGGGGUAAAAUAAUUGGACACACUAAAAAAAAAAAACUGUUACUGCUGCUUCUUUGAAAUUGAAGUGUAUGAUUAGUGGACUACCAGAUUCUGAGGUCACUCUUCCAGUUGACUCAUCAGUGCGACCCCUAAUCCUAAUGUUGCUGUCAUUAUAGAACACAGGCUGAUUGCAGCUGUAGAAACCAAACCUCAAGAUCAUAAUCCAGAGAUAAGUGCAUGAAACACUUCCAGCACUCCCAACUAAUCACUGUUCUGAACUGAUUAUGAUCCCAGUGGAUUCAGACUAGAGAGACUCUGCUGUAGUUUCUGGCUAAUAUAAAACCUUUGAAAACAUUUCUGCCUUUGCUUUCGCACCUGCCUAUAAACAGUGCCUGUGUAUAUUUAUUUUAUACAAGAACAUAGCCGUUGUGAUUCUGUCCCAGCAGGGUGUAUUGAGUCAAGACACUGUAGUUCAGGGGUUCUCUAAGGCCUGGUGUUAUUUGUUUUGCAGCCUGCAUAUUCUUUUACCUAUCGAGCUGCUUAUCAGAAUGACCAUUCUUUCCAGUCAGUUAAAAAAAAAAAAAAAACAAUGCCUGUUUUUUGUUUUUGGAUCACUUGGUAAAUGGUAAGAUACAGGGGUGAUUCUAUCAUACAUAGAUGUUUUUUGUUUCACUGGAAGCUAGGCUUCCGCGAAACCCCCCUUUCGUGACUUCUAUUUGGACUAUCCCAGCGGGGGGCACAAAAAAUUCAAAUACACGCCAUGUUUUGAUCAGGCCUAAUGAUGCUUUUUAAUAGUGUUUCAUAAUGGAUACAUUUGUCACCAGAGUUAUUCUGGAAGCUGAAUUGAGAUGUGCUGGAAGCAGACUUGAUGGCCCUGGUUAGAGGCAUGCAAGUUCACAUGAGUCAUCAGUAAAGGUAAUUGUAAACAUUUUAUUUUGUUUUUACAUAUAUCACUAACAAUGUCAUGUCCACAGCUGUGGAGUGUUUUAUUUGUUCUUAAAUGAUGCAUUGAGUAUGUAAUGUAAAAAUAUAUAGAGCGCUGUGUGGGCUGAGAAGACAUUCUCAAAACAGACCUGCUGUGGCCCCAUGCCAUGUUUUGGGGCCACAGAUGUGGCUCUUUAAAAUUCAUGUCUGAGAACAACGUCUUUAGUUUAAUAAAACCAGUAGAAUCAUACACCAUAGCAUUCUAGGUCCCAAAAGAGUCUAUUAAACAAGGAAAUAAAUUGUAAAUGAUCUCCCUCUGAUAGUUUUCCAGUUCUUCAAUUUGACUUGGUCUGUUGUUGUUUUUCAUGGGACUGUUAACUAAUAGUGUUUUAUAAAAGUUGUAGGGUGUCUCUUACUGUAUAUGAGAUGUUAUCUCAAGCAAAUUGUAUACUAUACUAAGAGGCACCCUACACACAAAUGUGAACUCGUUAGAAAUCACAAAAAUGGAGGUUGAACUACUGCUAUCAAACAUAAAACGUUUGGAUUUUUUAACUUUAGAAUUGUGCCGUGCGUUCUAUGCACGGGAUGACAUCUGUGCUAGAAUUUUGACAGAUCUACAGUAUAACAGUGAUUGAAUUCUCAUAUACCGUAAAUGAUACAUUUAAAAGGAAUAUAUAUUUUUUAACAUGGCAAAAACAGAAUCUGUCAACCACUGCACAUGAGUGCUUUGGUAUUACUGAAAUCCUAAUGCAUUUACUGUAACCAACAAGAUUAAUACAGGACCCCACAUGACUAUAAAGACUAUGUUCUUGUAAUGUGCCUCAAAACUAAUUCUUUCUUGAUCACAAACAGUGCUGUUUCUGGCUUGCAAAGGUUUUUCAUCACAGGCAAUGAAGACACUGGGACUCAUCAUAGGCACAAUUUAAAGGAAUAUAAAUCAGAGGCACUUCAAUCUAUAUGAAUGGUGUGAGUUUAUAUGAACACCUACUCUCUGUCUGUAUACAUGUAGAGUGGGUGGGGCUGGCAGACUGAAAGGUCACAUUGUCAUGAUUCAAAUGGAAAUAAGAAGGGUGUUCAGUGUUGACGCUUAGGAUCUAUUUAAAGAAGACAUAUUUAGAGAAACAUGAUCAUAGCUCAACACUGGAGCAACAGGACCCAGAACCACUCAGAAUGACAGUGAAUGCCUUCAAAUAGAAAGAGAAUAUUAAAAAUGACAUCUGAAGCUACCAGUAAGCAUUGGUGGUAAAGUCCUCCCAGCAAUGUUGCAUUUGUACCCUGGUGGUGAUGGCGUCUAUCAGGAUGAUAAUGCCCCAUCCACACUGAGUCAGACCUGUGUGUGGAUGAUUUGAGGAGCAUGACAGGGAUUCCAGGCACCGUCCAUGGCCGCCACUAUCCAAAGAUGUCACCCGAAUUGAGCAUGCUUGGGAUGAACUUGAACAAAGAUUUCAUCAUCACGAUCGUCUGCCUACCUCUCUGAGCCAUGAAAUAAUGACUGAAUGGAUAUACACCCCUGGAGAAACCUUCCAGCACCUUGUAGAGUCUAUGCCAUGUCAAGGGUGAUCAGUGCAAACUGUGGCCCAGCCCUGUGUUAGGUAUAGAGCUUAAUAAAGUUGCUGGGAAGUGUACAAAUUCAUAACAUAUCUAACUUAUCAGUAAUUUAGCAUUAGGAACGGGCUAAUUAACAAUUAUAACGUUAAGGUAGGCUAAAUAACAAGACAACAUUUCUGCAAAUCUACUAUUCCUGUCUCUUGUUUUUCUGCUAUUCUGCAGUAGAUGGCACCAUAGUAGCAUUUCUGUCUGACAAUUACUGUUCACACUGUGACCACUAGACUGACUGAAUCAUUCAAAACAUGAUCUUAGUCAUAUCACAGUACUUG